CAACCAAUAAUAUUAUUAUUUUAUCUACGUUUACAUUUGCUUUGCACUUUGCAUUCAUAUCCUGGAUAAACAUUCAUUUGCUACAGCACAGCGGCUAUUUCUUGUCUCAUUUCUAAAACCUGGUUAGCAGGACAUUUUAAAAUGGAUUCUUUACGUGAACAAGUUAUGAUAAAUCAAUUCGUAUCAGUGGCUGGAUGUGCUCGAGAACAAGCUAAACAACUACUUCAAGCAGCACAUUGGCAAUUUGAGACAGCAUUGUCAAUAUUCUUUCAAGAAGUAGCCAUUCCUUCUGGAGCCAAUGGUAUAGCAGCACCACAUUAUCCUCAGCAAUUAAUGACUCCGUGUAACACCCCAGCGACGCCACCCAACUUCCCCGACGCGUUGGCGGCCUUCUCGCGCCUGUCGACCAACAGCCCGGCCAACGCCGGCGGGGGGGGCAGCGGCAUGGCGCCCCCGGUCUCCCCCCUGGCCACGCACCCGCCGCCCACGCAGAUGAACACAUUCGCCGGCUCUCCUAACCCGCAGGCCAACUAUACUGCCCUGUCCUGUUCAACUGCAAUGUGCAGAGAACAUAAUAUGCCAAGAUAAGCAGAAGUGUAGGUUAGAAUCGUCUAUAAUUUAUUUUUCUAAUGGUGCGUUGUGAGCUGUGGACUUGUGAAUAUUGUUCCCACCACCCCACCACAGCUUAGGUUUGCUGGACAAUAUACGGGGUGCUAUAGUCAAUCAUGUUAAACAUAAAAUAACUGUUCAUUAUAGUGGUUUCUAAAACAAAUUGCACUAUAGAUAAUAAUAAAUAUUAAUUGUAGGGUAAUUGACAUUUUAACUAUUCUUAAACAAAAGUUAAAUAUAUUUCCUAAUCAUUGUUUUAGGGACACAAAUCGAGAUUUGCAGCUGUAGAAUGCCAUAAUAAACUGUUUUACAUAUUUGGUAAUUAAUAUUAAUAAGUAUUUUACUAAUCUGAGUUCCCAUUCAGGAAUAUUUCGAUUUAGUAGCCAUGUGAUGUUUAUUCCAUUACUCUGAUAAAUUUUAUUCACACAUGCAUUGGAAACAAAUAAACAUGUUUGACAAAUAUAUUUGUGAAACUAGAAUUUUACAUCAAGCCAUGUUUGACAAACGCUUCAAACAUAGCCGCAAAUUAUUAUUUGAUAAACAGAUUUUGAUUUGACCAAAGUUUGCUCGUUGUCAUGGCGCUUUACGCUUUUCUAUAGACGUUCACUUUUAAUGGAACAGUCGAACUGUUCAGUUAAUUCGUACUUGUGUAGUGUCCCAUCAGUUUUAACUGUACAGUUUUUUUUAAUUACAUAUUUUGAUUGGAAUUUCGUUUAGAUAAAACGAGAUACUUAAAGUUAAAACUGCGCGGUUAAAAUUGAAAGCUUUUAGCGCGAGUAAGAAAUCAUAAAUGUAAAAUGGAGUAAAUAAAUAAUGUUAUGUUAUCUUAUAGGAGAUGGUCUAAAAUUGUGUGGAGCCCAUAAUCGGUCAUUGUACCCUGACGGAAAUAUUAGAAAAUGAAUUUUUUUUUACGAAUUUACUUUAAUUCUUUCGAAAUAAUAUUCAUUCUCUCCCACGAAAUGCAACAGUAACUAUUAUGGGUAAUAAUGGCGGAUUGAUGACGUUUUCAACGCAGUAGUCGUUUUGAUGUUUGCUGUUAAUUUUCAUGUCAUAGUUGCGGGCGCCAUCUGGGUUUUUAUUUUAUUUAUUUCUUUUUAUUUUGUUACAUUUAGUCACUUAUUAAGAUUUUAACACAAUCCUUGUAUUUUUUUAAUUCUAAUGAUACGGGGUACAAAAGUGAACCUGAAAUGGACCAUUUCCUAUAUAUGAUAAAAAUACAUACAUUAUUGUACAUACAUCAUGUUCUAUACUCAAAGAGUAGGUAUGCUAAAGUGUCAAAUACCCUCAUAUUAAUUUACAUUGCAGUUUUUGAUACCCAUAGAUUUUGAUCACUGUGAUUAAUUAAAAAUUGGUAUCAUAACAGUACUGUAAUGGUAAAAUAUUAAACUACGGCUGUAUGAUAUUAUAAAAGAUGAAAUUAUUGUUUUUUUUUUUGUUUUUAGUUCAUAUUAUAUACCUACUUUAUACUAUUACUGUAAGCUAGUAAUCAUUUGAAAUCAAAGUCCUUUAUUGUGGUGUAUUCUGCAACUUUAUAUAUAGCUUAAUAAGACAAUAUCAUGUUGACAAUUUAUGUGACUAACUAAAAAAAGUUGUAAGACAAAUUUUCAUUGUCAUUUGUUGCGAAUUUGCAAUUAUUGUAAUUAAAAAUAAACAAGGAAAAUCAUAAUA